UCUUCUUCUGCUUCUGCUUCCCGAAAUCAACGAACGAACACUCACAUAAUCCAAAUUAGGGGUUGGAUUGGGAAUCCAAAUUUCCAUCCAAUUGGCCCUCUUAUUGAUCCAGUAAUUUCAAAGCGUUUGAAUGUUGAUUACGACACGAUCCUCUGUCGGUUGGAAUUCCGCGACUCGUUUCGUUUUUUAGGUUGAUGGGAAAUGCCAAUGGUCGAGAGGAGAGUUCUCCCGGCGGUGGUGGAGGAGCGGUAGCCGACGCCGGUGGACAAGGUCCGGUGAUUGGCAGUUCGUUGGUUAGUGAAACGAGCAACGUCGUUUCUUCAGAUUCGAUGGUAAAUACUCCUCCUGGUAGCCCUGGGAACCUCCGAUCCCCUAUCUUGUUCGCUCCACAGGUUCCUGUAGCUCCCUUGCAAGGAGGUAAUGGUCCAACCCAUUACAAUGAAGCUUGGCAGAACGAGUUCCAUGAAACUGUAGAUAAUCCUCCAGAGCAAGGGAUCCCGACGAUUAUUACGUGGAGCUACGGUGGCGGCAGCGUGGCUAUUGAGGGGUCUUGGGACAACUGGGCAUCCAGGAAGAUCCUGCAGAGGACUGGUAAAGAUUUUUCGAUACUUAUCGUUCUUCCAUCUGGAGUAUAUCAUUACAAGUUCAUCGUCGAUGGUCAAAAGAGAUAUAUUCCAGAUCUUCCUCACAUAGCUGAUGAGAUGGGCAAUGUCUUUAAUCUUCUCAAUGUUUCUGAUAGCGCGCCUGAUAUUCUACAGAGCUUGGCCGAGUUUGAGGCUCCACCAUCACCGGAGACAACUUACAGCCAGGUGUUCCCUAGCGAGGAAGACUUCGCCAAGGAGCCAGCAGCCGUGCCAUCGCAGCUGCACCUCACGGUUCUAGGUAUGGAGAAUGCUGAUGAAGCUUCAUCCUCAAAGCCUCAACAUGUUGUGCUUAACCACCUCUUCAUAGAGAAAGGAUGGGCUUCUCAGUCUGUGGUUGCCUUGGGACUUACUCAUAGGUUCCACUCAAAGUAUGUCACCGUCGUCCUCUACAAACCGUUGAACAGGUAGUUAUGAUUGAUUUUUCACGCUGAACUUUGUAAAGGAUCACGAGCUACGGAAUCUUAUUUUAUAGAACUGCUUGCCCAAAGUUUGUUUGCAACAAACACUCUUAAUUCUAAUCAUAUUUCUUCAAUCUGUGAAGAAAUCUUUGUUUUAUAGAACUGCUUGGCCAAAAAGGUUUCAUUACCUUUUCUCUGACU